AUGAGCAGCAACGAGAGCAAGGGCACAGGGAGGCCAGAGGCAAAGAGCCCGUCAGACACGCUCUCGACAGACGCCCUUUUGAACAGUUUCAAUAGGCUCAAUCUGGACCAUAGAGUCGGUGUUGGUGGUGGUGUUGAUGAUGAUGAGGCUAAUCCAUUCUUGGAUACAACAACAAGCUAUAUCGAUGCUAACCUGGACAACUUGAGAGGAUUUAGAAGGGACCUCAAGAAUAUUGCCACAAGCACCCACAACAAUAUAUCCGAAUCCACUAUGGAAAUCAUAAACAACAAUCCAAUCACUCCUUUGAAAAGAUCAGUUUCCGGAAGUUCAUUAUUAGAAUCCCAUUCACCUGAGUUCAUACCCAGUGCGGGUGCUGCUGAAUCACAUAAAAGAUCAAACAGUGUGCCUUAUGAAGAGCCUGUCCUGGACCUAGAGCUUCUUUUCGCAUUGCUAAAUCAACUACCAGAUAUAGAGAGAUACAAUAAUUUUAAAGGAAUAUUGGAAUAUUAUCUUCAAAUAUUGGAUGAACAUGAAAUGAAAUUUGGUAACGAUAGAUUUAUAAUAACCAUCUAUAAUCAGUUGCAAAAGUUAGGUCAUAGGUCUAAACUUGAAAAAGUCAUUGAUAUUUUUUUAAAUGAACCUUCGAAUUUUGCAAUGAAGUUAUCAAAUCAUUUAUAUUUUAAAGAUUUAGCUAUACGGCAGAAAUUCCUAAGGAUUUGGUUAAUCAAAAGAAGAAUCAAUCAUGAACUAAAUCAAUCUUGGAAGAUAUGGAUGCUUUACUUGAAAAAAAAACACUUUUCACAGUGGACAUAUAAACAUAAAGUCAUUACUGAGGAUCUUGAAUCUAAUGCAUUGAUAUUCAACAAUGUUAAACAAAUGAUGAAAGUGUGGGAUGUUUGGACGGCUAAUUUCCAAGAACAACAAGCUUUUGCUAGAGUUGCUGAUCUUCAACAAGAAUCUAAAUUUUUCAGUGAUUGGAAAGAAAGGAUUGAAAUUGAUAAUGACAAGGCAGAUUCAUUUUAUCAAGAUAAUUUAUUACAAAGGAACUUUAAAAUAUGGAAAUUAUCCACAGUUGCUUCAAAAUCAAAUGAUGUUGCUGGGUUGAAAAGUUUUUACCAAAAAUGGAAGUCAAAACAAGAUCGUGUUGUUGAAUUGCAAGAAAAUGGUGCACAAUUGGAACAAAUCUUUCAUGCUGGUUUUUUCCUUAGUAAAUGGAAAGCAAGAUCUCAAAAAACUUUAUCCAAAACAAGACAAUUGGAAGAUAUUUUCAAUCAUUCAGUGAUGUCUAAAUACUUGAACAAAUGGUCUGAAGCAAUGUAUUUCAAAUCAAUUGAAAACCAAGUCUUGAAUAAGAGAAAUUCAAUCCUAUUAGGAUUCACAUUGAAUCAAUGGCAUCAAAGAUCGAAACAUAAGGAAAUGCUGGAUAGUUUUAAGUAUUAUCAAGGGAAGGUACACCUGUCAAAGUUUCUAAGUCGAUGGAAAAAUCAAUUGGUUUUGAAAAGAAAAUCAUCUGAAGUUGGUAAUUAUACUGUUUUGAAAACUCAUUUCAACAUUUGGAAAUUAUCAACAAAUUUGAAAAUUGUGGAAGGUACUAAAAAUUACAACAGUGUUGAAAAGCUGUUCAAUAAAUGGCAGAGACGUACUCAACUACAAAAACUAUCUAAUGAUUAUAAUCAAUCCAUCUUGAGUAAAUUUUGGGAUAAACUAGUAUUGCAAAAGAUCAAACUUGAUAAUUCUUUAGAAGCUGGUGAUGAAGCUUAUGAAUCUUACUCAAAAGUUAUCUAUUUCAAUCACUGGAAAGGGCAAUUGGAUCAAGUUCAUGAAAAUGAAGUUAGAAGUGACAAUGUUGUUUUAAAGAAGUUUUUCCAAAAGAUUGUGAAAAGAAAUUCAGAUGGAUCAACUCUGGAGCAAAAAGCUAUUGAAUUCCAUUCAAACAAGGUUUCUAAAACGUUGAUGAGUCAAACUUUCAAGAAAUGGAGUGAUAAAUAUGAAGAUUCAUUGGAAUCCAAAUUAGAGAUGAAACUUUCUGAAUAUAAUGCAAAUAUUGAGAAACUGAAGUUAUCUAGCAUUUUCAAAACUUGGAAAGAUCAAUAUGAAUCAUAUUUAUCUCAAGAAGAGCUUUUCAAAGAAGAGUUCCUAGGUGGAUUAUAUUUGAAACCAACAUUUGAGAAAUGGAUUAACAAAUUCAAUUCAAUAAGAGAAAUGGAAGACAAAGCUGAUGAUGUUAACAAUGUGAAUUUAUUAUCAACUGGUUUCACUAAAUUUCAACUGGCUUUUCUAAAAAUUGAAGAAUUGGAAAAUAAAUUGAUUGAAUUCGAAGAUGAUGCUAAUGUGAAAUUGAUUCUGAAAUAUGUUAAUACUUGGAGUUUGAGAUUAUUGAAAGUUAAAAGAGAUAAUGAAAACAUUUCAAGUUUCCAAAGAAGAUGGAAUAGAGCUCAUUGUAGAGCUAUUUUGUUAUUAUGGAAAGGGAAAGUUCUGGACAGACAAAUUUCAAAGUUCAAAGAUGUUGAUGAAGUAGAUGAAGAGGAAGAGGAUGAUUCGCCAACAAAAUUCAAAAGCACAUUUAACUCGGUCCUUCCACAAGAAACACCGAGAAAGUCCAUAAUUCAUGCAAAUUAUUCAUUCAAUUCGGAUCUAGGUGAUAAAUCGCCUUUAGCCUUCGGUACAAACAAGAAAACAACAACAAGUAUACCCGGUAGUGAAAGGAUCAAAAGAAAAAGAAUUGAAGCUUUGAAAAGUCAUUAUAGUCAAAUAAAGUAUGCAAUACCAAGUCCAUUAAAAUCUGAAAGAAAAAUCAUCAAUAAUAGCAGUCAAAGUUCCAAGAGAUUAGAUUUUACUCAACAUACACCAAGAAAUCAAUUUUUCCAAACUCAAUUCAAUCAAAGGAAUUCAAAUAAUUUCCAAUAUGGUGCUGAAUUGGAUGAUUCAUUUUCAACAGAAAUUAAUGAAGAUCAAAUAUCAAGUCCAGUAAUAUCUCAUCAAAAGAUUAAUCAACAAUUUUUUAAUCGGUAUGUUUCAAAAAAUAGAUCCGAUUCCGAUGGUGGGUUUAAAGGUGUUUAA